UUGUAAUUCACACUAGCUAUAUUGAUGAUAACUUUGGUUUCUUAUAUUCCAAAAUUCCAUAAAUAUGAACAAAGCUUAGCACAAAAGUAAUUAUAAUUACUAUGGUAGUUAUUUUGCAGCCUCAAGCCUUCAAUGUUAGAGUUCAGUUCCUCCACUCUACAAAAAGUUAUCAUAUGCAGAAUGCAGUAAUCCAUGUAACAUCACCAGCUCUAAUUCAAUGUUUUAGUUCUUCUAUCUAUCAGAGACUGUCUCAUGUUGCAGGUGAUUGCAGAAGUAAAACAAAGGUUUUUGCAAUGAGGAGAAGAAGGGCAAAUGAGAGAACAGAUACCUAUGUACUAUUAGAACCAGGGAAGGAUGAGAGGUUUGUAACUGAGGAAGAGUUGAAAGACACCUUGAAAGAAUGGCUCACAAAUUGGCCUGGCAAGACUCUUCCUCCUGAUCUUGCAAGAUAUGAAACCAUUGAUGAUGCUGUUUCUUUCUUAGCAAAGUCCUUUUGUGAACUUGAAAUUGAUGGAGAAGUUGGAUCAGUCCAAUGGUAUGAAGUUCGUUUAGAGUGAAUAUAUAGAGUCAGAUUAUUCCAUCAACCAUUUCAUUUUUGUCUUGCCAACUUGUGAAUGUAAUGUUCAGUUUAGUUGAGGAACCAUUGGUGUUUAUUAGAACAUUUCAUUCUCUUGUAACUGAUACAAACAUGUUAUUUAGGUUCUGCUUAUCAUAUAAGUGCUUAUGUAUAAAUUAUUUUUAUAGCAAAAGAUAAAAUAAAGUAAAAUUGUUUUCA